AUGAUACAGGUUGCGGGCUGGAACCGCAAGGAGCUAGGAGCAGAAGGGGAAGAAUAUAAAAUUAUUUUCCUGUUGUUGCUGAAGAAGGAGGAUACAGGAGAGCCACCGCAAACAGAGGCAGGUAAUCCAUCCACUCCUGCGGUCUGGAACAUGUCCAGCGGUUAUACACCUAGGUCCUCUAAUACCCGGUUAUAUGAUCCUCGGCGAAAGGCCUCUACCAUCGGUCGAUCUUUAGAAAGUUCUUACAGCUCUGCUUCUCUCUGCCCAAUCGCGGUACAGUUACGGACGGACAGGCUGCGACGCCACCAUCCGGAAAAACCCACUUACCAAAGGGCUAAGAAGGAGAUGAGGCGGGAAAGCGCUUUUCCAGUACCCCCUCCUCCUUCUGAAGAACUGUCCCCUGCUGCCUUAAUGAAGUAA